AUAUCCUUACUCACAGUCAGUGAUGAGAGAAACCAGCGAGUGGGUUCCUUUAAAAAGUUGGGAACUGUCUCCAACAAACGUGUUUUUCCUACGUGAUUGGCGCCUCGUUAAAAAUAUAAACUUGCCGUAGAUCGGCAAAUUAUCGUUGAAAUUUGUGCAAUGUUUUCAGAAACUACAGUCGAAUAUAUUUUUGCCCAGUACCGGUGGGUGGUUGUCUGUUUAUUUUUAUUACCGGCAACAUUCGUGUAUGAGAUUGGUUGGCUGUUCCGGCGAUGGUACAUCCUUUACACUCAGCAGGCUCCAAAAAAUCAUCCUCAGAAAGUUAAUUACGUUCAAAACCAGGUAAAGGAGAGAAACAGAGGCCACUCCAACUUGCCAAUGUGCACAGCCCGGCCAGGAUGGCAGAGUAUGACCCUCAGGGAACCGAAGUACAAACAGACAAUGUACCUUAUUGAAGUUGAUCUGAAGGACAUCAUUAAAAUCGACGAAAAUAAGCAGACCGUCACUGUAGAGCCCUUGGUAACAAUGGGGCAGCUUACUAGAACUCUAAAUGCAAAUGGCUGGAGUAUUCCUGUUGUCAUUGAGUUGGAUGAUGUUACAGUUGGAGGGGCUGUCAUGGGACAAGGCGUUGAGUCUAUGUCUCACACUUACGGGCUUUUUCAACAUAUUUGUCUAUCCUAUGAAAUUGUGGUCAGUGAUGGCUCCGUCAUAACAUGCUCAAAGGGAGAGAAUUCGGAUCUUUACUAUUCUAUCCCUUGGUCCUACGGAACCCUAGGUUUCUUGACGGCUGUUGAAAUUCAAAUGAUCCCAGUAACGAGCUUUAUUAAAUUACAAUACCACCCUGUUCACUCACUGGAUGACAUGGUGAGAAUAUACGAGAAAGCACUCUCCGCUGAGGCAAAAAAUGAUUUCGUGGAGACCCUGGUGUUCACGUCAAACACUGCAGUUGUAAUGACAGGAACAUUUGUGAAAGAUGCACCAUUUAUGAGGCAAAAUAGAAUUGGUCUGUGGUACAAACCGUGGUUCUUCACCCACGUACAGAAGUUCUUGAAGUGGGGUCCAGGCUAUGAAUAUAUACCACUACGUGACUACUAUCAUCGACACACACGAUCGUUGUUUUGGGAGAUCGGGGAUAUCGUUCCGUUUGGAAACAACCCCUACUUCAGGUUUUUCCUCGGCUGGCUGAUGCCUCCGAAAGUUUCUUUUCUGAAAUUGACUCAAACAGACGUAAUCAAGCGGUUGUAUGACAAAUUUCACAUGGUAGAGGAUUUCUUAGUGCCUUUGAAGACGUUAAAGGAGUGCUUGGUUUAUUUUGAGAGUAAAGUAAAUAUAUAUCCGAUAUGGCUGUGUGCUUUUAAACUGCCAAACGAUCCAGGCUUACUGCAUCCUACUGGAGAAAAGGAGGAAUUGUUCGUUGACAUUGGCCUGUAUGGUGAGCCAAAAGUGAAACAUUACGAUUCCGUGAAGACAACAAAAGAUAUGGAAUUAUUUGUUGGUGACAAAAAAGGGUAUAAAAUGCUGUAUGCAGGCACACAUCUUACACAGGCGGAAUUCCGUAUGUAUUAUGAUCAUUCACUGUACGAUCGACAAAGGAAGCUCUACAACGCAGCAAGCGCGUUCCCAGAGAUUUACGAUAAAGUCAAUCGGAAAGUGCGCGAUUAGCUCAUUUUUCUUUCAUUCAACUCCACAAACAAGCCAUUGUUUUUUUGUCCUAACAUUCGUAACUUUUCUCAUUUAUUUCUGUGCUUGACAUAACUUUUGAUGAGGCAGUAUUUAAUUUAUCAAAGAAUUUCAUGGCAUUUGCCAUAAUACAGAAAUAAAAUUCCACUGAAAUAAUAAAAUUAGACUGUAUUCUUA